AUGAAGGCCGGUUCAUCCUUCCUUCUUUCCAUCGGCGCUUUGGCAGGCCUGGUCGGCACCUCUUCAGGUGCCGCCGUUCCCGCCGGUCCGCCUGCUAUCCUCAAGCCCGUCAAGCGCCCCGGAAUCAAGCCUAAUCACGGCUAUGGCGUCACAGUCCGCGCGGCCGCGGAUGUUCCUUCCGUGCCGGAGUUGGUCGAAAAGCCGGCACCCGUCAUCCUGAAUCCGGUUCGUCAUGCGAACAUCCUUUCCAGCAAACUAGGGAGUGGACUCAGGCUCAAGACGAGGCAAGAGUCCGUGACGCCAGCCAAGGAAGUCGUCCUGGGAUAUGCUGGCAGCGAGAUGACGGCCCUUGUCGACAUUGCUUUGAAGCAGCCCGCUGUGGCACUGGAGGAGGUUGAUGGCAUUUCCUCGGUAAAGUGCCAAGAUUCUUCCGUGACCAUCAACUUCAGCGACCUCGCUUCCCUGCAAGCCGCCACGGCAGCCUGGCCCAAGGAGCUUACCGUCCUUACCUACUCCCCAGAUGACGGCUGCAACCCGUCCGACGAGCGCGGUUGGUUCGCCCUGUCCGACCUAGUCUUUGACAAUGCCAAGCUCGUCACCACGGCAAGCAGCAAGCGCACAUCUCUCAACGACGAGGGUGCUCUGGCCACCGUCAGCUUCGACACCAACCCUGCUGCGAAUGCCAAGCGCGACAUCAAGUCAUUGAUCACGCCCGACAUCAUCGGCAAGCUCGCCGACCUGACGGACCUCAAGAUCAACAUUGACGAGGCGCGCUUCGAGAGCAAGGUCCAGAUCGCCGGCAGCUUCGGUUUCGACUUCCUCGACCUCAAGGCGAGCUCCAUGUCCCUCGACAUCGAUUACUCGUCCCUCAUCGCCCUCAACCUCUCCGCGCACGUUGGCGCCUCCUACUCGACCGACGUCUUUGACUUUGAGCCCUUCACCGCGUCCAUCUCGGCCUUCAGCAUCCCCGGCAUCCUGGACGUCGGCCCCAUCGCCUCAUUCGGCAUCGGCGUCGAGUUCGCGGCCGAGGGCGCCGUCGACGUCAGCCUCGGCCUCCACAGCGAGAUCCCCGCCGGCAAGAUCCACCUCAACCUCGCCAACAGCGACAAGUCGAGCACCAGCGGCUGGGAGCCCGUGACGACCAUGUCGAGCGAUCUCAACGCCGAGGUCUCGCUGCAGCUGAACCCCUACCUCGACCUCAACCUCGCCAUCGGCGUGCAGGCCUUCAAGCGCGCGAUCGACCUCACCGCCGGCGUCGACCUCAAGCCUCAGGUCAUCAACGCCUGGUCUGCCGACGCCAACUUUGAGUACAAGAGCAAGUCCGGCAUCGCCUUGGCCCGUCCCGAGGGCGUCACCUGUCCCAAUGGCGCCUGGUUCGCGAGCACCUUCAAGUUCGACAUUGUCGCCUACAUUGCCAACAUCUACAGCAAGGUUCUGUAUGAGUACGACCACCCUCUGUACAAGUCCAGCUGUUGGAACUUUGCGUGA